AUGGCGGAGUGGGGGAGAAUGAGUAUGUGUGAUGCUGAGAGAAGACUCCUAGCGAAUGCUUUGCUUGAUAUCUCCAAUGAGUGGUUUGUUCUACUGUCUGAGGCGUGCAUUCCUCUUCACAACUUCAGCAUUGUUUAUCGCUACAUAUCAAGAUCUCGGUUCAGCUUCACGGGUUCAUUUGAUGAGGAUGGACCUUAUGGCAGAGGGCGCUAUAAUCAAAACAUGGCUCCUGAGGUCAACCUCACAAAUUGGCGUAAAGGGGCUCAGUGGUUUGAAAUUAAUCGAAAACUGGCAAUUGACAUCAUUGAGGAUACUGUUUACUACCCAAAGUUUGAACAGUUCUGCAGACCUGCAUGUUAUGUGGAUGAGCACUAUUUCCCAACCAUGCUUGGCAUCCAAUCUCCCAACCUCUUGGCAAACAGGAGUGCCACCUAUGUCGAUUGGUCUAGGGGUGGUGCUCAUCCUGCUACUUUUGGGAAAGCUGAUAUUACAGAGCAAUUUUUCAAGAAAAUUUUUGAAGGUCAAACAUGCAUUUACAACAAUCAGCCAUCUUCACUUUGUUUUCUUUUUGCCAGGAAAUUUGCCCCAAGUGCUUUGGAUUCUUUACUGAACCAUUCAUCCAUUUUUUUCGGGUUUUGA